AUGUUUUCCAAAAUACCCACCAAACUCUCCGCACCAUUUGGCUUGUUGGGCGAUGAAGCCAAACUCGCAUUCCGUAGUCAGCCUACAGGGAUCUCGAAAUUAGCUACUUCACGGAACAUCUCGCAAACCGAUGCGUAUUGGGAUCAAUACACUGUUCUGUUCGAUUCAGCAUCCGAUGUAUUUUCUCUCAUUUCUCCCAAUGACAUCCGUCGGGCUCUCCUUGAAGCGCCAGAGAAUGUCGCGACCCUCGUCCGCGUUAUAUGCGCCCGUUUGUUCAACCUAGUCUCAGACCACACAUUCCCAUCCUCUACCAACAUAUCCGUCGCAUACUUCACCUCGUCAUUACUCAAAACAGGAGCGGCAGAGCGCAACACCACUAAGGAAGUACUCAAUUGCAUACGCGUUCUUCAGCGUGUGUUACCAGUGGUAUUUGAGAUUGACAGUGAGUCCAGCAUACUUGAGGAGGAGAUUUUCUGGAAGAAGGAGGCCGUCGAGAGACGCGAUAGCAAGGAAGAGACAGAGCAGGUGCCGCAGUUUGUGAUAGAGGACGACGAUGAAGAUGCAGCAGAAGGUGAAGGUGGGACUGGGGGAUCUCAACCCAAACGGACAUCUCCCCACAAGACUCAUCACGCCAAAACGCUUCCUUCGCUUGCGGAGCGACUUUUCAGCUGCUUAGUUGACUUGCUUUUCUGCUGUGGCUUUACUUUGCCGUCCAAGAUUCAGGUGGACCACUACAAAAUCAACUACAUCAUCUGGGAGAAAGGCGUCGGCUCGACUGUGGAUUUAGGUCCUAGUCAUGCAUAUGAUAAUAAUAAGUCUGAAGUCUUGCGACUCCUGCUCAUCAUCCUUUCGCGUCAAAUAUACGUCCCACCCGCCUCGCUGUUUACCGUUCCAUCUCUCUACACCCUUCAGUUUGUUCAGCGCACCCCGAGGCGCGACGUCCUAACCGUGCUCUGCUCGUUACUGAAUACAGCAAUGAAUUCAUCACAACUGUAUACAGCCAAUUCCAUCGGUGGUGUCGCAGGACGUCUACCUUACAACCAUCUCGUGUUCAAAGGAGAAGACCCAAGAGCAAGUCUUGUGGGCAAUUGCUUUCAGGUGCUCUGUGCCCUUCUCGACUUCCAGAGCGGUAGCGCGAGAGAUGUCCCGACCGGCACGGGGGAGAAUCAGUCCCAGGCUCCAACGCCGCGCACUAAUGCUUUCAGAUACUUCUUAGCAAAACUUCAUCGAACACAAGAUUUUCAAUUCAUCAUCGAUGGUGUCUUGGGCAUCUUGGAACAACAGAUGGCGUCUGUGAACAAUCUACUUCCCGGAUCACGGAGGUCUGUUCCAUACAUUGUCGAAACAAUUGUAUUCUUUUGGAAAAUGAUCGAGUUAAACAGGAAAUUCAGAGUCUAUCUCCUUGACCUAGAGAAAUCAAUGGACAUAGUCGCAUAUCUGCUGUGUUAUACUCUUGAGAUCAAGGACAAGCCCCAACAACACGGACUGUGCCGAGCGCUGUCGUAUAUCAUUCAGACACUCUCUGCGGAGACCGCUUUCGGGUUGAGGCUCACAUUCCCGCUCAAAGCGUCUCAUGUGCCGGCGAAAUGGAAUGUAGGAGGUGCUGCUGCAGACUUCAUGAUCAAUUGCGUAUACUGCAUCGUUGCGACCACAUCCGGGGCUCUGAAUUCGAUCUAUCCUGCCUUGAUAAUCGCGCUUUCAAAUGCCGCGCCUUAUUUCAAGAACUUGAACUUGAACUCUUCGACUCGACUAGUCCAACUGUUCUCAGCGUUUUCGAACCCCGUGUUCUUGCUAGCAGACGAAGGUCACCCAAGACUGUUGUUCUUCAUGCUGGAAGCAUUCAACGCGGUUAUCUCUCAUCAUCUCCCAGAGAACGCAAACCUUGUCUACGGCAUCCUGCGUGCGCACAAGACUUUCGAGGAUCUAGGAACCUUUACGCUCGCAAGGGGUCUUCGUGAAGUGAAGAGGAUCCAGCUGGCGAAAGAGGAGCAGGCGAACAAGGCGGACGCAAAGGGGAAGAGCAGAGCCGUGGGCGAGCACGAGCAGCCGCACGAGGAGAAACAGCGGUUGCUAGAACGCGAGAACAGCAGCGCGCUCAGCCUUUCCAGCCGAGUGCAGUCAGUGGACAGCUUGGCUGAAGUGCGGGUCAUCCCACGAGACGGAGUGCCUGUGAAUGGGACGGGUCACACUGCCGCAGCAGAAGAGCUCCCUUCCGUUCAGCCGCUGAUGUCACCUACAACAGAAUUGCCUCCUACUCAUGGUGCCCAGUCAUCUGUCUCCGAGAAAGUCAGAGGCAAGAUGAGGGAGCGACGGUCCUUGUCGCUGGAUACAGACGCUAGUCUCGAUCGUGUGGCCGCUGCGGGCGUGGGGAGAAACGGGUUUGUGCCGACACAGGAGUGGGUCACAUCUUGGCAGCAAGGGCUUCCUCUCGACGUAGUGAUGCUGGCUAUCUCGGAGCUGAUGCCCAAAGUUCAAGAACUUCAGGCCUCCGGGAACAAGCCGAACGCCACCACAGCCAUCGUUGACUUUUUGAGCCACGCAUCCUUGAAGCAUGUCCUUCCCCCGCCCCCACCAUUGAACCCUAGGCGCUUCAUUUGGUCCGAGAGUUCCAUCGUCUGGCUGUCUUCCUUGAUAUGGGGCGAGAUUUACGUGCGCGGCAUGACUCCCCUCGGCAUCUGGAACUCGACGAGCGUUCGCUUGUUCUAUGUGAAGCACGCACAGAGUCAUCAGCGCCAGAUCUCGGAAGCGGUCUCCAGCGUCGUUGGAGGACUGCUGGGCCGAGCCUCUGAGUCGCCGCAGAUGACGAGACAACGGUCAGAGCGCUCUUGAAAUCGUUGAAACUGUUCGCCCGAUCUCGUGCAUGUGCAUGAAUUGUUGUCUCAGACGGCCUAGCUUUCAUGUAAAGGACUUGUAGCU